UCUUCUGCAGUCGUCGCUACCAUGCCUGAUCGCGGGGGGCUUCGAGCUCUCCACCGACUAUGCGAUUCGGUGACCGGCGCGAACUGGCGCCUGACGCGGUUCGAGGACGAGCUGACGGUGAAUCAAUACGCCUGCCGAGUGUGUCACGUCAUUCCGAGCACUACAGUCGUGCUGCCCUGUUCCCACAUUCUGUGCGAGCAGUGUCUGACGGGGUGUGUCGUCCAAAAUGGCGGAAGCAUCUGUCCUCUCGACGCCCAGCCUUUCUGCGAAGACGAGUGCCAGAAGCUAAAGCUUCCUGCCAAGACGAAGCACAAUCUCAAGGCUCAUUGCUGGAAUGAGGCGGACGGCUGUCAGUUUGUAGGCUCCGUCGAUGCCGUACUGCUGCAUUUUGACAGAGAAUGCGCCUUCCACGCCCUCCAGUGUCCACGUUGCGAACAAAGAAUACUGCGCACUGACAUCGCAGCACACUGUUUCCGGGUGCUCCCAGAACUCUUGUUGUGA